ACGAUCUUCCCUGUUGUGAGAACGUUAUGUUUGUGAGCAAAUUCCGAGCCGAACUCGAGUUUUUAUACUCCGCGUUAUGCUGUAUCUGCGCGCUCAACUCGAAAACACGAGCCUGAUACGAAAACCGGAAUAUAAGCGAACGAACCCCUGGAAGUUCUAUUCAUACAUUUUUUCACCCUCCAACUGUGAACAUCGCUGCGUCAAUACCAUCGUGAAAUGGCCCCGAAAACCAGUGGAAAAGCCGCGAAAAAGUCUGGCAAAGCCCAGAAAAACAUCUCCAAGUCGGACAAGAAGAAGAAAAGGAAGACCCGCAAGGAGAGCUAUGCUAUCUACAUCUACAAGGUGUUGAAGCAAGUCCAUCCGGACACCGGAAUUUCUUCCAAGGCGAUGAGCAUCAUGAACAGCUUCGUGAACGACAUUUUCGAGCGCAUCGCUGCCGAAGCGUCCCGUUUGGCGCACUACAACAAGCGUUCGACGAUCACGUCCCGCGAAAUCCAAACGGCCGUCCGUCUGCUCUUGCCUGGUGAGCUGGCCAAGCACGCCGUGUCCGAAGGCACGAAGGCCGUCACCAAGUACACCAGCUCGAAGUAAUUCGACCGAGUUCAAUUCUACCCGAACCCCAAACCGGUCCUUUUCAGGACCACAACACGCAUCUGUUCAAAAGAAUGUUUCUGUUUAAACCUUUCUAUAGUAGUGCGUCUCUCUGCU